AUGAGGUUACUCUCCGUUAUAUGUGGCAACAAACUAGAGAAUGCGGGAGUUGCAGGAACAGAUGCUUUGAAGGACUGCGGAACGGCUGUUUGGGCGGAGUAUCUUCAACUGAUGUGUCCCAAAGGCCUCGUUGUGGGGGUAGCAGGUGCGCACAAUCAGAUUGAGCAGACUGAAGCGCUUUUGCACAAUAAACAGGCCUUCACCUGUCUUUCGUACCGCGGCAACCUACCCCCUUCGGCGUUCACACACCGCUUCCCGUCGUGA